GUCAUAGAUAAUCCUAACCUUUUUGUUUUGUUUUUAAAGAGUUUAAUUUUUAUGUAAAUAGUUAUUACAAUAAUGAAGGUAAUUAAUAGGCAAUAAAAUUUUCUAGAUGUAAAUUAAAAUUUGAAAAUGAUUGAGUACAUUUUAAAAUGAUUUUUUUCUUCAUUGUACUGUUACAACUACAAUUCUUAUCUUCAAAUGCAUCAAAUGGAGAUAGGUCUCCUUUUUUCCAAAGAUGCGUAGAAAAAUGUAAAAUGGAAGAUUGUUCUUCAGAUGGACAAUCGUUUAAAGUUAAUAACAAACAAACAUUCAUUAAUAAAUUGUUUAUGUGGUCAUGCAGCGAUGAAUGCACUUAUCAGUGCAUGUGGAAAACUGUAACAGAAUUUGAAAACAGAAAAUGGCCAAUACCUCAAUUUUAUGGAAAGUGGCCAUUUAUCAGAAUUUUAGGAUUACAAGAACCAGCAUCAACAUUGUUUUCCCUUCUUAAUCUAGUUGCUGUAAUUUUAUGUUACAUUAAAUUCAAGAAAGUAUUAAAGAAGGACUGUCCAAUGUACAAGGAAUGGACAUUUUUCUCAUAUGUGAGCAUUAACACUUGGAUAUGGUCUACUAUUUUUCAUGCCAGAGAUUUUCCAUUUACAGAAAAAAUGGAUUAUAUCUGUUCCUUCUCAGUAGUUUACUGUCUCUGUUUUUGCUUGACUUGCAGAUUAUUUAAUGACCUUCCUCCAAUAUUACUCUAUCUAAUUGGCUUUGGGUAUUUGCUCUUUUUUUUGAAUUACACAGCCUAUAUCCUUAUCAGUUCAAUCGAUUAUGGUUUUCAUGUAAGGCUGAACUUUUUAAUAGGUAUUCCAACUGGAUUAAUAUGGUUUUGUUGGUGUAUGUACAACAGUAAAAGACAACCUUAUGUUGUAAAGAUGGCAGCAUUUGUGACAUUAGCUUCAUUAGCAGCAUUAUUAGAAGUUUUUGAUGAACCCCCGAUGUAUUACAUAUUCGAUUUUCAUUCCUUCUUUCAUUUAGUUUCAGCUCCACUAAUUCCUUUACUAUAUGGUUUCAUCAUAGACGACUGCAUAUUCCUCAGUGAAGUUAAAGAUACAGAGAAGAAAAAAAAGCCCGUUUAAUGUUAUUUUUACUUUGUUGUUUUAUAUUAGCUUCAAGAAGGAACUCAUAACGUUUUGCUGUCCUGAAUCACCUUAUUGGUACUCGAUAUUUUGCUUAAUAAACACUGUUUUUUAAAUUA